CAUUUUUCCAUCGCCACAUUCGAGUCAGUCGUGAUUCGGCGGUGUAUGCGUGUGGGCAAACAAGUGGCUCCCUCUUUUGCCGUACGUGACCCGCGUUCGGUGUAGCGCCCCAAUCGCCUCCACGAGCACCCCCCGCAAGUGGCGUCACCAUGUCGCCCGCAAGUGGAUUACUUGCCCUCUGCCUUCUCGCGGGUCUCUCGGUAACAUCGGCCAUUAUGUGCUACCACUGCAACAGUGAGUACGAUCCUCAGUGUGCUGAUCCAUUCAAUAAGUACAUGCUAGGUGUCAAGAAUUGCUCCUAUGAGUAUGAGCUUGAUCACCUGCCCAAUGUUCAGGCCACUUUGUGCCGAAAAACAACACAAAAAGUUUAUGGGCAAAUUCGUGUUGUACGAGGCUGUGGGUACGUACGAGAUCCACGAGAUGAUAAGGAUUGCAUGAAGAGGAGCGGUACGCACGACGUACAGGCUCUCUACUGCUCCUGCACAACUGAUUUGUGCAAUGGCGCCUCGAAUAUCAAUGGAGGUGCCGCCGCCAUUGCAGUUGGAGCCGCUGCCAUUUUGUGGACGCUAGCCUAAAAAAAGAGACUUAGCUUCCUUCGUGAGAGUGCCGUUGCACGCUUAAAAAAAAAGACAGUGAGAGAGAGAGAGUUACAAAAAAAAAGAAGAAGAUGGCGUGCGCACCCCUUUUGUGUAGAUAAAAAAACAGCAGGAAUUCACAGUCUAGAUAGUGAGUUUUAUCGAAAAUCUCCGUAAAAAUUGAUGAGCUAGGAUAAAAUGCAAUAAAAUUAAACUAAAAUGAAAUUUAUUUGCCAGCAACGGGGGAAUCUAACUUUCAACUUCAUUUGCACUCAAAAUCAAUUUGCAAAUUAUAAUUUUUUUGGUCAAAAGAAAAAUCAUUUUAUCCUCUUUUAUUCUAUGAAAAAAAAAUCUUCUAGAGACACCGCAUUAGGGAUGGCAAGGAACCUAUUUGAUCUUAAUUAUUUUUUUCAACACAUCCGUCCUGCUUAUAAUUUACCAUCAUUGAAAAUGAUGCGAUCUAUUUGUGCUGGAAUUGUCACCGAUAUUGUUGAUAAAUCAAUCAAACGAUGAAUUGUUAAUUAUAUUUACCAAUGGUAUCAAUAUUAUGUAUUACAAAUAAAAGUGCUUUUAUUCGAUUAGAA